AUGCGAUGUGGUUCUGUUUGGCCGAGCCCUUCGACCAUUAGCAGGGCGAGGUUGUGCUUGGACGUUGCGUGGAUGCUGCGCGUGUCAGACGUUCAUACUAGCGCUGUCCAGCACAAUGGUGCAUUGUUCCCGGUGUUCGACUCCUCCCCGCAGGGCGGCAGGAACUGGUGCCUGAUGGAGCACAGCCAUCUGCGAAGUGAUCGAUUGGAGUGCAUGCGCGCUUCAAGUUGCACAGCGAAUGGGCCAGUUGGGAGAUUGCGCCACAUCGCCAGACGAUUGGGCAGGGCAGAUGCGACAAUAUCAUAUUGA